GGCUGCUAGCCUAGGACGUGAGGUGGCGCUGUCUGAGUGUACAUCCGGGUACAAGGACAGCUGGUACCCUAUGCGAAUCUCUUAUGCACUAUUACACACAUGGCGAAGUCUCGUUUGGAGCUGAAUUUUGUGCGGUUGCUGUCUCGGUGCGAGGCCAUGGCCUCCGAGCGGAGACAUGACGGGGAGUGGAGGCUGGAGAAGUUUGUUGGAGCUUUGGAAGAUAUGCUUGCCUCACUCAAAAAAGAUAUCAGGAAGCCUGCUCCAGAACUAGUGAUUGAGUAUUCCAGAAAAGUGGAUUUUCUAAAGGGACUGUUAGAAGCUGAAAAAUUGUCUUCACCUACUGAGAAAGCCUUGGCUAAUCAGUUUCUUGCUCCUGGGCGCACACCCACAAUCAGCAAGGAACGAACACCAGUGACCAAGACUGUCCAUCUCCAAACACAAGCACGCUACACAGGAGAGAUGAGGAACGAGCUGCUUGAAAAGGCUACAUCAUCUCCUUAUGAUUCAGAUCAUCUCUAUCCAAGAAAAAGGAAAAGUUCCGUUUCCGAUGACAAGCAGUCCGCGGCAGAGCUGGAUGCGGUGUUACAGCAUCACCACAACAUGCAAGAGAAGUUAGCUGAGGAGAUGCUGCGCCUGACACAGAAUCUUAAAAAUAACACGCUAGCAGCACAAAAUGUCAUCAAACAGGACAACCAGACCCUUUCCCAGUCUCUGAGGCUAGCAGACCACAACUCUGAGAAGCUGAAAACGGAAUCGGACCGUCUGGAACAACAUGCCAAGAAGUCUGUCAACUGGCUCUUAUGGAUGAUACUUAUCUUUGUCUGCUUUACCUUUAUCAGCAUGAUUCUUUUUAUCAGAUUAUUCCCUCGUCUGUGAUGGCAAACCCCCUAUCUAUAGUAUCUCUCGCCAUUUUCUCCAUAUGAUCUCUGAGAUGGCAGCAAUCUGGAUUUCUUUUAUCUGUUUUUUUGUAGCCCAUCAACUCAUUCACCAGUUUUGUUGGAUAUCGCAUGCUGUCAGCUCGACAUAGUUCUACCUCUUCAUGGUCUAGGAAUGGGAAAUAAUUUUUAAAUGGCUUCGACUAUACAAAAAAAACCUGCAUCUAUUAUAAUGGGUUUAUAUUCUUUGUAUGUUUCAUCGUUCCCCAAAAAUUGUAGUCAGAUAUGAAUAUUACAGACACAGAAUGCAGAGGAACAGAGUUCACACUAACUCAUCUGAAAACCAAAAAAUAAUAGACCUUUUCUGUAAUUGGCCAUGCAGAAGUGCCAAUGCUGCAGCAUAGUCGUAUUUUUGGGGGAUCUGAACUAAGUCCAGGAGCUUAUUUGCAGGCAAAAGGGUACCAAGAAAUUUUUUUGCUAUUCAGAUGUGGAAGAAGAUAUUUCUAGGAACUUCCCAUGAAACAAAACAUUUAAAUGUAUCGUGAUGUCCAGUGGUAGCGUAAAUAAAGAACAUUUUGUUAUCUUUACAAUACUUUAUUGAUCUGAAGGUUUGUAGUACAUUUAUGCAUAAUACAUUGUCUUUAUACAGUAUGUAGCUAGAACUUGCAUUUGUGGUUCAGUAUUCAUUUAGAGAACAGCAGAAAUGAACAGAAACUUUAUACCUUGCUCUGGUCACUAUUAUCAUGGCUUUCUGCUGCAGCUGGUAGCCUGUUGAAGUCUUUCUUCUGCUUUCUUUAAGAAAACUUAAUUGCAUACCUCUCGGCACACGUUCAGGAUAUCAAUGGAGUUAUCACAACUUUGUCUUUCUUAAAAUAUCCAGUAUCUUUGUAUACACACAUCUCAUAAAUACAACCGUGCCACUGCUUCCCUACAUAUUUUCAGUGGUGUUUCUGCCCAACUGUAUAUUUGAGUUCUAGAUGCCCCUUGCACAGUGUGACCUCACUUGCCAUGCAGCACUUUGUUAUCUCCAAAAAACAUACUGGUAGGUUAUUUGGACUCUGAUUCAGUGAACACUAGUGUGUGUGUGCCUGUGUGCUAGGGAUUUUAGACUGUAAGCUCCAAUGGAGCAGGGAGUGAAAUUAAUGAUAUAUAUUCUGUGUACAGUGCUGCAUAUAUUAGUGGCACUAUAAAAAAUAAUAACAAAGAUCCACCAAUCUGCUGUCCCUAUAAACCAGUUCUAUCACCUGUGAGAGUGUAAGCCAACCAUGCCACCUUUGAAUUUAUAUUCUCUAUUCAUGAGUGAUCAAGGAUACAAAGUGUCUAUGUCUAAGAUGCAUUUAAAAUGUUACCAGUCAGCAAAAGGAUUUUACAAACACAGUAUGUGAAAGUUUAAUGAGCUUAUCAGAACGGAACAUAUUUGAAAUAAUUAUCAUGUUUCUGAAUAAACAGCAGACUUUGUGUCAGUAAUACUAUUGAAA